AUGCCAUACGCAACACUCAACGGUCAUAGGGUGCAUUAUUACGACUCCAAGGAGCAAGGUCUCAAGAUCGACAAUGGCAAGCUCCCAAUCAUAAUGAUACAUGGGCUUGGCUCCUCCGAGAAUUACUAUUUGCCUGUAAUCCCGCUGCUGGAUGGACACCGCUGUGUAGCAAUGACCACCUAUGGCGCCGCGUUGUCGAACUCACAAGGCGAGGAGCUCUCCUUGAAGAUCUUGGCAGAAGAUGUGGCUAGUCUGCUUGAUCAUCUGAAGAUCGAGCAGGCUAUCGUCGCCGGCCAUUCGAUGGGAGGUCCAAUGGCAUUCCAGGUGGCCGCAUUGCAUCCGGAUAAAGUGGCCGGCGUGGUUGCAAUUGGGCCUGUGAAUCCCUCAGGUGUAAAGCCGGAGAUGUUCACGCAACGUAUAGAAACCGUCAACAAAAGUAAGUCGCUGCUGCCAAUUUCUCCGCGGGGAGUUUGACGACUGAUGGAAAGCUCAGGUGGAAUGGAGCCCUUGGCGAAUACUGUUCCCGGUGCUGCAACCAACAAGAAGAGCACGCACCUGCAGAAGGCCAUGAUUCGGGAACUUAUCAUCAACCAAGAUCCAAAAGCAUACGCCUCUCAUUGCGAAGUCAUUAUCAACAUGAAGGAUCCCGGCUUUUCAUCCAUUCAAACGCCUGUACUGAUUCUCGCUGGCGAUGAGGAUCAAUCGGCACCAAUGGAGGGUUGCAAGGCUAUCUUUGAAAGCAUUGCUAGUGAAAUGAAGGAGCUUCGAGUACUCCCCGGCGUUGGACAUUGGCAUUGUAUAGAGGCUCCUGAGCGGGUUGCCAAGGAUAUUGCGUAUUUUGCAUCAGCCUUGCUGCAAUUAGCAGAGGGCUAG